AACAUCAAAAAACCAAACGAACAAUCUUCUUAACCUUUCUUUUACUGUUUCUUUCUAAUUAUAACAUAGUUUUCACAAUGAUGCACAUCUUCAGUUCAAUUACUUCAACUCAAAACAGCAAUCUGGACGAGGGUGCUUUUGUUCCUAAAGGCAUAGACAAAGCUUGCCCAAGGGCUACUUGGCCAGCCACCGGAAAAAAGCGUGCGUCGGUUCCGAUAACUGAGGAGCAGGUGAGGGGUAUCUUUCAUCGUUACGAUACUAACAGAGAUGGCCUUCUUAGCAAGCAAGAACUGAAGAACGCCUUUUCCAGCCUCGGUUCUCGUAUGCCUGGUGUGCGAGCGUGGUUAGCGUUGCAGCAUGCGGAUGUCAACGGUGAUGGGUAUAUCAACGAGGCUGAAUUUGACAAGCUUGUUAAAUAUACUAUGAAGCGUGGUUACAAAUUCAACUAGAUCAAACCACUACUGAGUAGUUUUUUUUGUUAGCUGCUUUGUGUUAGAAUAGACUAGGUGGUGUUUGCUAGCUUACACUUUGCCCAUAAUAGAGGGUUGACCGAGAUGUCCACCAUAGCUGUUCGUCGCUUAAGCUCAGGUGAUGUAAAUUAAUCUUGUGUUUCUUUUAAGGUUUUAGAUUUUCUUUUUUCUGGUUAUGUAUGUAAUCUGAUCAUGUAGUUCAAUAUAUGUACAGAUAAGGAGAUGGUUUAAGAAAGACAUCUCUUUAUGUAAAUUCAAUAUACGUAGUUUUGAUUUAAGGAUUUGAUGGUAUAGGUAGAAAUAUUUAUAGGUAAUCCAUUCGAUUGAACCAGGUUUGAUCUGCGGCUUCUCUUUAUAAUAUAUUCUUCGAUUAAAUCUACAAA